ACUGACUUUGUUACACCCAAAAAAAAUCAGUCCCAAAGUGGUCAUCACAAACUACCAAGAAAAAAACUUAGGCAACAAGACCCAAAAAAAAACCACUCAUUCAAAAACUCAACAAAAAAUGUCCUCAAGAUUGCUUCUUCUUCUCACCUUCUUUCUCUUCUGCCUACUUGCUCAAGUCUCUUCUGAUAUUGACAUUGAAGACCUCCAAACUCAGGUGGGGAAAGGAGCUAACAGGAGGCUCUUGCCCUAUGUGGAUUGUGGAGGACUAUGCAAAGUGAGAUGCAGUAGGCACUCAAGGCCAAAUUUAUGCAGCAGAGCUUGUGGGACUUGUUGUAUGAGGUGCAAAUGUGUUCCUCCAGGCACUUUUGGUAACAGAGAAAUUUGUGGCAAGUGCUAUACAGACAUGACUACUCAUGGAAACAAGACCAAGUGCCCUUAAUUAAUUAAGGCUACUAGUUAUACUACUUAAUCUUGUCUUCAAUUUUCCCAAGUUUCAAGAAGGAAAAGAAAACAUGAGUAUGUGUUUUGUGAUUUUGAUGUAAUGUUGUGAUGGUGGUCUUUUUUCAUCUAGAGAUGUGGUGUUUAGGUUUAAAAUUUUAAUGUUAGAUGUUUUAAUCUU